UAAAGACUGGGACCAGAAAAUAUAUUUUUUCUCUCCAUUGACUCCCAUUCAUAUUUUUCGAUCUCAUAGGUCCCAUGAGCCCUACCGGAAGGGGCGUGUCUUUGCCACUCCAUUGGUGACAAGUUCAUUCACACGCAUUGGUGUUCAGUACAUUUUAAGUCUGCGACUGAGUAUAGUAGUGGCGGCUCGCCUAUAGAGGGCGCUGGGGCGCCGCCCUCCCGCCGACCGGACAUCUUUUCUUUUUUAAAUAUCCUAUAUAUUUUUUUUAAUAAUCUUCUCAUUUUGAGAAUUAAUCUAUUUUAAUUGCAUUCGAAUAAUGCAUUUACUUUAGAAUAUCUUUAGAAUCCCCCAUCAUUAAAUCUUCAUUGACUUAGGCCUACAUGUUCAACGUUCAUUUUGGUGAUGUCUUCCGUGGGGCGCAGUUCGCUCAGCCCCACAUGCCUGAAUUAUUAGCCAAUGGUUCCCCCGUUGCUAGGCAGAAUAGUACAUCAUUUCGCCAAUCAGCGUCGUCGAAUUGUAUGGCUUUGGGGCGCUCAAGAUAUAGCCCCAAGCGCAGUGCACCGUCCACUGCGCGUAACCGCGCAUUUGCCAUUACCUCAGAGAUCAGCAAGAUGGCGACUUUGAGUACUGCUACUGUUUCCCUUUGAGUUCAGCUAGCCCCAAAUUCAGUUAAGUCUUUGCUUAUGAAUCCCUUCGAAAGAAGAACAUUUGCAGAAAAAUUGCAAGUAAAAGAAAAAGCCAGAAGUGAACAUAACCCAACAAGCAAGAGAAAAGGAUAGAGCCUACAAGAGAAGUUUUUCCAGAGUUUGGUUCAGGCUUGGCUAACUAGCUGUGGGUAUGCCAAUGCAAUUUUUUGCUUUCCUUGUAUACUUUUUAAAAUAAGUGCGUGUGAUAGUUCUUGGACACAGACAGGGUUGACAGACCUGAAACAUCUGUCAGAACGGAUAAAAAAAACACAAGCGAGCAAGAGUGCAUAUGAACAACUGUGUGAAGCUAGCCAUGCUAGAGCCUACCGUGCCAUCCUGAAGCAGCCACUGAAGAGCGUCCGGGAGAUCCUGGUCAACCAGACCGCCCACAUGCUGGCCUGCUACCGCAAGAACUGUGCCAGCCCCUCUGCCGCAAGCCAGCUGAUCCUGCCCGAGACCAUGAAGGUGUUCCCGGUGUACAUGAACAGCCUGAUGAGGACGGCCCCCCUGGUGGGCAGCACGGAGCUGUCCACGGACGACCGCGCCCACCAGCGGCUGGCCGUCAUGGCCAUGGGCGUGGAGGACACCCAGCUGCCGCUGUACCCCCGCCUCAUCCCACUGCACAACAUGGAGCUGGAGGGCGAGGCGGUGCCGUCGCCGCUGCGCUGCUCCGAGGACCGCCUGUCCGACGGCGGAGCCUUCCUGCUGGAGAACGGCCACGCCCUCUUCCUGUGGCUGGGCCAGGCCUGCCCCCCCGAGCUCAUCCAGGGGCUCUUCAACCUGCCCUCGCUCGCUCACCUGCAGCCCAACACGAUUGCAGAACAUCGGAACACGGAGCUGUUUGCCUACGGUGGCUGUGGACCUGUGGUGAGUGCCUCGCACCUGACCCCCUAGAUAGGGUAGAUUGCACUCACAUAGGUUACGGGUUGUCUACCCGGGUAAUAACGAGCGCAGUAGGUCGGCUUCGUAACACCCACGUCCACGUCUCCAGAGUUGAUCAUCUAGCCACUGCGCCACUGGGGGAACUUCAGUUAAAGUUUAAAAUAGACUUUACAAUUCACAUAGCAUU